GAGGCGGGUUUGUGUGGCUACUGGUUGGCGGGCUCCUCGGAGCUGCAAAGCGGCCGGUGGUCGGUUUUGUUACCCCCGAGGGGUCCCGAGCCGCGCCUCGGUGCAGCCACAGCUGUCAAAGUGGAGAGGCAGACGGCGAAGUCCCUCGCGGCGAGGGCGGAUGGAAACUACGUCAGGCGACUCCUGGGAUGGAGGAACUGGAGCAAGGUCUGUUGAUGCAGCCAUGGGCGUGGCUGCCACUCGCCGAGAACUCCCUCUUGGUCAAGGCUUAUAUCACCAAGCAGGGCUAUGCCUUGCUGGUUUCAGAUCUGCAACAGGUGUGGCAUGAACAGGUGGACGCUAGUGUGGUCAGCCAGAGAGCCAAGGAGCUGAACAAGCGCCUGACUGCCCCCCCUGCAGCUUUUCUCUGUCAUUUGGAUGAUCUGCUUCGCCCAUUGUUGAAGGACACUGCUUGCCCUGGCAAAGCUACCUUUUCCUGUGAUCGUGUGGACGAGGCAAUGAUACUACGGGUGCAGAGUGAGCUCUCUGGUCUCCCCUUUUAUUGGAAUUUCCACUGCAUCCUAGCUAACCCUUCCCUGGUCUCCCAGCAUUUGAUUCGUCCUCUCAUGGGCAUGAGCCUGGCCUUGCAGUGCCAAGGGAGGGAGCUAGCAACCUUGCUUCGAAUGAAAGAUCUAGAGAUCCAGGACUACCAGGAGAGUGGGGCUGUGCUGAGCCGAGAUCGGCUGAAGACAGAGCCAUUUGAAGAAAAUUCCUUCUUGGAACAAUUUAUGGUAGAGAAACUACCAGAGGCAUGCCAUGUAGGUGACGGAAGACCCUUUGUCAUGCAUUUACAGAAUCUGUAUGUGGCAGUCACCAGACAAGAGAUCCAAGUGAGACAGGAGCAUCAAGGCACUGGAGAUCCUCAGCCCUCAAGCAGUACCUCCCCACAAGGAACUGAAAACCAACUUCUGAGCCAGCCGGAAGAGCCGGUCCCCUCAGCACCAUCCCUCCCAGUGACUGAGAAAGACCCCACAGGUCCUUCAGGCCCUGUGAAGAGACCUCAGUUGUCAAAGGUCAAGAGGAAGAAGCUAAGGGGGCUCUUCAGUUAACCUGUCACUGUCUCAACUGCUGAGGAUGGACCUGGAGAAUAUAAAAGGCACUCCCAUGGCAGGAGUAUCUCUGACACAGAGUUAUAUAGUCUGAGGCCCCACUGUAGGGGCAAGAUAACUGAAGUCCAUGUUGAAAGGCAUGGGUACUGUUGACCAAGGGAAUCUUGGCUCUAGCCUGUUGGCCAUUGGCCUUCCCUAUCCAAGUGGAAGCCAGCUUCUGAGAAUCCCAUACCUUCCUCUCUUUUGUUAGAGGUUCUCCAGACCCGGGGUCCUACCAUGGACUUUAGAUACAUAGGGCAAGCCAGCAAAAAGGCACAACAUGCUCAGGAAGCCUAUCUACCUUUCUUAAGAGUCUCUAGCCAGUCCCAGGUGCUCCUCAGAGACCCACUUCUCUCUUAAGCAUGGAAUAAAAAGCACUCACACCCCCCUG